GAGUGUCCUCGACUCGAUCGACACCGUUGUUGCUCUCGUUGCUGCCAACGACGCCAUUGGCACUGACACCACCGGCGGGAACCCACCAAAAGAACCGCAGACCCCGGGUGCCAAUCGAUUCCGAUCGGAUCGGAUUGAAUCGCAUCGGAUCGCAUCGGAUCUCUCAAACCAAGCAAAAGCACCCAGCGGCGAUGCACCGCCACCCACCGAAAGGAACCGGAACCUACCUGUGUUCCCACCGCCGCCACCAGAAACCCCGGUCGGAUCGAAACCGGGCCCGUCCCUUGCGCUCCGCGGCGGUCCUGCUGGCACUCGCUUUUGCCGCCACAGCGAUGGGGCCUUCGUCGGCCCUAACACCGUCCUCCCAGCUCCUCAAGGGAAAACGGGUCCUGGUCACCGGGGCCGGCCGCGGGAUCGGCCGCGCGAUCGCCCUCAUCUGCCACCGGGAGGGCGCCAGCGUGGUCGUCACCGCCCG